CACACACACACACACACACACACACACACACACACACACACACACACACACGCUUAUAUUUACGCACGAACUGAGCGAUAUGUGUUGGGUGUGAGGGCCUAAAAAAGCAUGGUUAGUAGCAGUUACGCAAAGGAAAUCGUGAUAACAGAAUGAGGUUGCAGGAUUUGAACAAUAUUCGAGACAAUGUCGAUUGCGACAAAGAGCGCCAUGAAUUUGAAAAAGAAAUUUUUCUUGUAUACAACGAUGAGAAUGAUCGCUAGUGUACAGAUAACAAAAAAAACAAUAUAUAAGGUUCAUCAAGAAAUUCCUCGAGUUCGGCCAGGAUCCCAAUAUCCUCGUAACAGAGACAUGCAGUUCACCGUUGCCCAAUCACGUGGAUCCCAAAAUAGUCGAAAUGAUGGUCGAUCAAAAGUUCACAGGACACCGAGAACGAAAAAAAAGGAAGUCAUCGAGCGCCGGCGAGACGUGGGAGAUGAAGUCGCGGGAGCCGUACCCGAAACUCGAAAGCCAUGUAGGACAGGAAUCUGUCGAAUUUCGCAACGAUAGUCCGCAAAGGAUUGGCAGCCCGUCCAGCCCCGAUCAAUGUCAAUUAUCUCAUACCCGACACGACGAACAAGCGACUCCUUGACAUAACCGCCGCAGAGAAUCUGCCGGACUUCAUGGAGUCUCUGCUGGACUUCGGCGCGGAUCCGAACCUAGUUAAUCCAGAACUAGACCGAGCGCCGAUUCACUUCGCCGCCGAAAACGGCAACGACUCGGCUCUGGCGGUGCUGCUCAAGGCCAAGGGAAUCCAGCCGAACCUCGAGGCUCCCGCGGGACAGACGGCCCUGCACUACGCGGUCCGCGCCAACUCGGAGCGCUGCGUCGAGCUGCUGAUCGAGGCCCAGGCAACUCCCAAUAUACCCAACGUCAAGGGUCUGACGGCCUUGCACAUGGCGGCCCAAUUGGCCAGAGAGAAUAUGGUGCGUUUCAUGAUCGAACACGCGGCCUAUCUCGACAUCGACACCUACAAGGAGCCACGACGAAAGGAGACGGCUCGCGCGACCAUCGAGCGUCAAUUCCCCGACAUAAAACUGCCGAACGCCACGACGUCCGAUCCGUCGCGCGCGCUCUUCCACUACCUGACGGCCAACGACCCGACCAACUUCGAACGCACCCUCGAGGCCAUCGAAGGCACGCCCGAGGGAGUCUUCGAGCUGCUGAAGAAGGCGACGAUGCGAGGUCUGACCGGACCGCUGGACCAACUGCUGCAUCGAUUCGCGCCCGGCCCCGCCGAGCUGGCGGCUCUGGCCGAGCUGGCCAUUAAGCACGCCUGGCCGGAGGUGCUGGACCGGCUGCUCAAGCUCGGGGCGCGAGAGUUCGCCGAUCAGCUGCUGAUGCCCGCCAGUCAGGCGCUCUGCACGAGACUCGAGCCCAGACCAGCGCAGGAUCACGACGCCGCUGCGCCGCGUUUCCGAUGCCUCGAGUUCGUUCUCGAGCAGGAAAACGUCCAUGUACGCCAACAGGACGACAAAGGCAAUAGUCCGCUGCAUUACGCGACGCGUGCCUCGAGCGACCAAGGGGUGCAACUGUUGCUGGAAAAGGGCGCCUACAUCGGCCACAGAAACGUUUUCGGCGAAUCGGUACUGGACGAGCUGAAGGUGGAGCAGCUGGAGAAAAGAUGCAACGAGUGCUUCAAAAGCUCCAAGGAGGUUACCGAGGAUGGCGAAAUUGUAAAAGCAAUUUCAGCUGAUACAAUGUCUAAAGCUAUUUAGACAUUGUAUUAGCUUUUCAAGCUAAUUAUCUCGCCCUUUCAUACUCGGAGUUUUCUGAGGGUCAUCUCUAGGGUACAAUUUUUCGAGGGUCAAUGGACAUGGAACCGAUUAUUCUGUUGCAUCGGUAGCAUAUGCUUUGUUAUUUUGGAUACUAUGAUAGGUUUUCAUCAUUUUUGCAGCCCUGUGCCUUAUCCUCAAAUCACUAUCAUGUUAACAUAUUAUGCGGCGCAACUUGGCAUAGCUUUGAGCGCAGUUGAGUCCAAACGCGUCAAGGACUCAGUCGUCAAUUGAAAGAAAAAAUCGACACUGAAAAAUAAAAUUUUUAUACAAUGA